AUGGGAAUCUUGAAAUCAGUGCCAUACAUGAGUGUAACGUCACGUAUAUUAGACAAAUCCGACGAUUCAAUGGCAUCUUUCAAAAGUUGUGUCACCGACACUGAAAGAGAAAUCGAAAACAGCCGACCCUCCGUAAAGGCUUUGAUCGAAAAACACAAGUCGUUCCAAAACCAAAUAAUGAACGCCAAAGAAACCAACUUUGACGUCAAAAAUAAAUCGUUCGCUAAUGCUUGCGAAAACUUGAAUACGUCGUACAACGAUUGCUGCAGGAACAUGGAAGGCGAUACGCAACGGGUCGAUAAAGUCGAAAACGUGGUAAUAUAUUAUAUUCUCAAUAUUACUAUUUGUUUCGGUAGGAUAUACCAUAUAUUUUUCUUAUGCGCAGAGUGAUUCACUAAGCGUGUUAACCCAAAUUUUUUGGUUAAAUUUUGCACGUAUUCGAAUACUUAGAUUUUUCACAACAUUUAAGGAAUAUCCUCCAGUGGUAAUACCAACUUUGGUUUAUCAAAUAAGAGCCUAUAUUAAACAUUUCAUAAAUGGACGGCGUAUGACUUUAAAUACAUUUUGACGUCAUCAUUUUUGAUUUCCGUUAACCCGUUAACGAAAUAUUCCAUNGACUUUUAAAAUAUAUUUUAAGUAGGUCAGUUUUUAGUUUGCUCAAGAUUUUUCCCAGCAAAUGUGAAAAACCGUAGGAAAAACGGGAAAAUCGGUACAUUGAAUAAAUAAUAUUCAAGAUAUUAUUUAAUGUCUAUUUAAUUAUUUUAUCAUAACAUACAUAUUGUUGACAAAGUAUCACUAUAGAUUUAACUUCGAUCAGAAUCGUUUUUCGUUAGCAAUGGUUUAUCGUUGUUUACAAGUAUACAUUAAAUUGCCUAUAUAACAGUGCCUGUACUCGUCCCCCGUUUUCCUAGGACGACUUCUUUAAAUGCGUAAUUUGUGAUUAAUUUCUGAACGUUUAAUCAUCUAUGCUUGGUGAAUCAGAUAAUACUUUGGUUGUCACAGACAAGAAAACUACUGUUAUUAUUAAUUACACUAUUAUUUAGUCAUAACAAAACAUUGCCGGUUUAGCUAAUAUAAAUAUACAAAAAAAAAUUUAGCUAUUAUAUUGUUUUCUAAAUUUAUUUUACUAACAAAAUAAAAUAUUUUAUUUAGGUCAAAAAUCACGUGUUCGGAGUAUUGAAUGUUAAAAUGUACGAAGGGAAUGAUACUGAAAAAUCCGCUCAAGUACCGGAUCACAAGUCGGUCUCGGAAAACUUUGAUUUUAAAACUGGCACGCUUGAAUUAGACGAAACGGUUAACGGUGAGGGUGAACAAAUGUGGCAAAAUAUUAGGUCCUUGGUUAAUAUCAACCACGAUUACUAUCGGUGUUUGACGGACAUUUUAGAUACGAAUAAGUUUAAUAAUCUCGAUAGUAUAAAAGAUCACGUUGGUUCGGUGUUGAAACAAGGAAAGAAGGCGGAAUCCGUCGAGCCCGAUUUAAUUGCCUAUUGCCAUACUAAUUUGGAAAAAAAUCGUCAGGUUACGGAUAAUCAACAUGAAUUAAACAAUGAUUCGAUAACGAAUGACCCGUUCUUAAUCUAUCAUUCGAAAUUGAGUGCACUUCAAAAUGAAUUGACGGAAUCCAAGAAAAGUAAAAAGAUCGCCGAAGGCAAGAUCGCGUCACUAGAAAGGAAAAAUAGAGACUUGUUGAAUAUAUUGAACAGUUACGAAAAUGAAAAUGUCCACAGAGUAUCGCUGGAAAGACACCUCAAGGCCGAACAGAAGAACAACGAAAAAUUACGAGAUAUGAUUACUAAAGAUUUCAAACAGAAAAUACCAUCGUAUAAUAUUUUUUCUUGA